AUGCUCUUUUCUCGUCUUUUCUGUCUUUCCGUCGCCUCCGUCACGGCCGCACUCGAUUUUCCUGCUCCCACGCAAGCACCCGAGAAGCGUGAAAUGAAGGACUGUUACAUGGUCCUCGCCGAGGAGAGCGAUGCCUUAAAAGCCGUCCCUAGCGUCGGCCCCGACAUGCUGGAAUUCCUUGCCCAACAGACCCAACUCUUGACAGUCACUGAUAACUGCCUGAUCCCCUCCGUCACCGGUUCUCUAGCCCCCCAGUACACAUCAUGGCAAAAGUCCGCCAGCAAGUGGCAGCUUGAGCAUGUCACCGCCGUCCAAGCGAUCCAGUCUGCUUGCUCUGACGUGAUUGAAGAUAUGGCGUCUGGCCUCGGGUUGCCUGUCAAAGACGGCUCGCUUGGUACAGCAACCGUCUGCAGCCAGUACUACUUCGAGACUGGGGCAGCCAAGAGCGCCGCUGUUGGGCAACGCACAGGAGGAGCGGCACUCGCGGCUAUAAUCGCCACUAGGGACAAAUGA